AUGGCGUCGAGCGAUGGGACGAUGAUGGGACUUCCGGGACGGGCGGUGCGCGCGGAUGGGGGGGACGGGCGGGAGGACGGAGACGCCGUCGUCGGGUUGCCGUCGAAACGCGCGCGAGACCAGGAGACGAUCGAUGAGAUUCCCCCGGACGUGCUCGCGGAGGCGCUGGGGGCGAGACGGUCGGGGCGGAAGACGAAGGCGCGGGUGAUCAUGAUUGACGGUGAGCCGGUGUUGAGGUCGAAUAAUUACACGUUGACCGAAGGCGAGCCGAGCGUGUUCGACUCCGAGUUAGGAACCGACGGCGCGGUUGCGGGAGAGGAUGGGCGGACGAAGUACGUGUUCGAGCAACAGAAGGAGAAGCGAACGUACGUGCGGAAGAAGCCGAGAGCGCCCAAGGUUGAGACGGAUGACGAGAUCAAGGCUGGAAAGAACAAUAGAGCAAUCGCGAAAGCCAUCGAUGAAGCACACGCGCGACGAUCAAAGUACUUGAAGGCGCAAAUCAAGCACUUGGAGCCGUUCAUCACGCCGGCGGUGAAGAGCUCAAUCUUUGAUCGAGCCGAGGCGUACGAUGCGUCGCAAAAGGGUCCGCAGAAAGUACUCAUGCCGGUGGAUAACCAACCCGCGAUGAUCAAAGCAGUGUUGAGAGAGUAUCAACUCGAAGGUUUGCGCUACAACGUCGGAAUGUACGAUCAAGGCUGCUCUUGCAUCCUCGCGGAUGAGAUGGGCUUGGGUAAGACGUUACAAUCGAUCUCGUUCAUUUGUGCGCUGAAGGAGAUGCGUCACGCCAACGGACCGCAUUUGGUUGUCUGUCCCUUGUCGGUGCUGUCGUCUUGGAUGGACGAGCUGCAGAAGUGGGCGCCGACGCUUCGAGUCGUUCGUUUGCAUUCCGGGGAUGAAAACGAACGUGCUCGCUUGCGUAAAGAGGUCGUUCCAAACACUGAGUCGUACGACGUCGCGGUCACGACGUACGAGAUGGCGUGCAACCCGGCUUUCAAUGUUACAUUGACACAAAAGGUGAUGUGGCGCACGAUGAUUCUGGACGAGGGACAUCGAGUGAAGAAUGAAGAGACGGCAGCUCAUCAGGUACUGAAGCGCGUAAAGCGUCAACACACGCUUCUUCUUACCGGUACGCCCAUUCAGAACAACUUGCACGAAUUGUACGCCAUUCUUUCCUUCCUUCAUCCGGACAUCUUCACUUCGAGUGAGCCGUUCGACAGGGCGUUCAACUUGAACACCUCCGAGCACAAGGUUGAUUCUGAUCUGCUAGAAAAGGCGCACUUCUUGAUGCGUCCGUUCAUUUUGCGACGCGUCAAGGGAGAAGUCGAGGUAUCUCUUCCGCCGAAGACGGAGACGAAAAUUAUGUGCCCUCUCUCUGAGGCGCAGACCUUCUGGUAUCGUCGUCUGCUGCUUCGCGAGGCGACCGCUUUACAGUCACUCGAAAAAGCGACAAAAGGCGAGGGUGGCGCGGACAACUUCCAAAAGCUCAACUCACUGCUUAUGCAGCUCCGAAAGUGCUGCAAUCACCCGUUCUUGUUCUCCGGUACCGACGUCCCUGAGGAUGGCGUUCCGGUUGAAGAGCUCAUCGAGGCGUCUGGAAAGCUCGCGGUGCUCGAUCGCAUGAUGCAAAAGCUCAUGGAAGGUGGCCAUAGAGUGGUGCUCUUCUCUCAGUUCACAUCUAUGCUCGAUAUCCUGCAAGAUUUCUUGACGUUGAGGGGUUACAGAUACGCUCGCUUGGAUGGAUCGACAAAUCGAGUGCAGCGAUCCAUCGACAUUGCCGCCUUCAACCGUCCAGACUCGCCGUUGUUUGCCUUCUUACUUUCCACGCGUGCCGGUGGUUUGGGCGUCAACCUUCAAACCGCUGACACGUGCAUCUUGUUCGACAGCGAUUGGAACCCUCAGGUGGAUCUUCAAGCGAUGGCACGGGUGCAUCGUAUUGGACAGAAAAAGGAAGUGCACAUCUACCGACUCGUCACCGCUGGUACCGUUGAGGAGCGCAUGACGCAGCGCGCGGAGAAGAAGCUGUUCUUAGAGCAGAUGGUUUCUCGUGGCUCCACCAAAGCUGCAACUGAAUCCGACAGUCUCGACAGAAAUGAUCUGUAUGCAAUGUUGCGCUUUGGCGUCGAUGCGGUCUUCAGUAAAUCAAGCGGCGAUCCGCCGACAGAUGAAGAGUUGGACAUUCUCAUGGAUCGCUCUUCGAAGGGCGCGGAUCGGCGCGCGAAGCUCACCAACCUCCAGGCUGACGUGACGACUGCCGAAGACUACAUCGAAGGUAAGGCUGAGGCUGCGCCAAUCUCAACGUUUAUGCUUCCAACCGCGAUCGCAAGUGCCCUGGGUGUGAGCGAAGAUGCGGUGAGCGAGGCUAAGUCGAAACAGUACAAGUCCGUCAAGGAUAUCGCCGAUGAGUUCAACUCCAAUAUUCUGCUCGGUAAGCGUUCUCGAACGAAGACAACGAUGGAAAUCGAUGGCCACACUGUGUUGAAGGUGAACAAUUACAGCAUGGAGGAUGGUGAGCCGUCCGUACACGAGCGCGAGGCGCGAAACAUGGAGGGAAAAUCGAAACCGGAAUCAAAGAAACCGCGCUCUCAAAUCGCUGGCAGAGACUACGGCCACAGCUCGGUGUGCCAAUCGUGCUGGGACGGCGGCGAGAUCGUGUGUUGUGAUUUGUGCCCGGUCUCCGUCCACCCGGAUUGCAUCGGCAUCACAAUGAAGGAUAUCACGCGCUACCAUAGAUGGUCAUGUCCGCACCACUCGUGCCACGAGUGUGGGCGCAAGGCUGCAGCGGUGGGUGGUAUCUUGUUCCGUUGCGAGGCGUGCCCGCGGGCGUUCUGCGAGGAUCACUUGCCAGGGACCGCGGAGAUCAUCGGUCAGUGCAAGCGUUUCCAAGAUUUGGGCCAGAACCACCCUGCGCAAGCGUGCUUCAUCCACUGCGACGCCGAGUGUGCGAAAUGGGCCGCGUCUCACAUCGCUGAAGAGUACGGUAAAACUGCUGAAGGUUGGACCAUCGGUAAGAAGGUUGCGAUAACCGAUCACUGGAUCGAGGAUCGCGACGCGGAACUCGAGCUUCCGGUGGAGAAUGGAACGCGAACGAAACCGCUGGCACAUGCGACCUUCACUGAUCUCGUCCAGUUCUUACUUCGAAACGAGGGUCCGAAGAAGGGAGGAAAGAAGAAGAAAGUGAAAAAAGCGGGCGUCGAAGACGUCAUCGAUCCGCAGCCGGGAGAUUUGUUGGAGAUGCGUGGCGUGUUGUGCUAUUACACCAGGCAAGGCGAGAACGUCGCUCACGUCUCAGAAAUGCACAACGUGGAUUGGCGAGACAUCAUCACGUGGAACACAGACUGGGUGCCCGGGUCUUUCUAUGGAAAAGGAACGUACCUCUUGGAGGGGACUCGUCUUUGGCUCGCUCCGCCGCCGCGUAAGACGCUUGACGAGCUCUCAGAGGAGGAACGCAUCAAGCGCGUGCAAGAGGAGCGUGAAGCCGCCAUGGUCGCCGCUGCGAUGGGUUUACCCGGUGCUUCUCAGAUGUUGAACGAAGGCGAAGUGACCGUCCUUGGUCGAGGUCUAAAGGGUCUGCGUCAGAAAGAUCUCUUGCCUUCGGAGCGUGAUGAAAUCGUGACUGAGAUGUUCAAGCGAGUGCGCCCACUCUUGGAGAAAAAGAUCAUCGCAGAGCAAAGAGAACGGGAAGAAGAAGUCAAGCGCGCCGCCAAGGAUGCGGAGAAAGAUAAAUUCAAAUCGGCUGAACGCAACGCUCGUACCGCGCGACGCGGUGACGGUUUGCCCUCGGAUUCUUUCCUCGCCGCUGAUCUCACCACGGGCGAUCGCAUACCAUCAAGGCGCGGCGCGCCACCGCCGAUUCCAGCUGUUCAUGGUGGUCAAAUCACGAAAGACACUCUCACAGCGAUCAAGGAUGCCAUUCUUCGAAGCCUACACAUGGCAAACGCGACGAAGAACGGUGACUAUUGCCCUGCGAUGAUGCUCAUGGUACGUCUCUCGCGCGGUCACGCUGGGACUCCGUUGCUGAAUAACAUGCGGAUGCGUUGGACCUCCACCGCGGGUGAAGACAUGGGAUUCAUCUUAGGCCUGAUCGCCCUUGAACGUGAUGGCUCGCUUGAGAUGGAACUUCAUCACAAGUACCCGGAGAACAUUGAACUCGCGGCGCUUCGAUUGUCAGCCAAGGCCAAGGUACCGGCCAAACCAAAGGGCGAACUCUCGCAAGAGGCCCCGAAGCAGUCCCGCGCGACGGCUUCGCAAUUUGUGCUGAGCGACGUCGAGGUGAGAGUGCAGUGUGGAGAUCUCGAUGGUAUCCUCCGUCCAGGUGCCAAGCGUGGGGACGAAAGCGUUGAGUACGUUGAUUCCAAGGGGAACACGAGCUUGGUGCCGGCGGUAGAGUUUGAGCGUUUGGGAGGUCGGGGCUCGACGCGCAAGUGGCGCCAGUCCAUCCGUCUCGCCGUUGAGGGUGUUUCAGCGGCUCAGAUCACGGACGAUAGCACUCGAGGUGUUCCGAUUGGCAAAUACCUGCGCGACGAAGGCGCGGCGUAUCGCGAGAGUGUUAUCGGACGCGUCUUGGAAGUUUGGUCCACCGAGGUCGAGCAGUACUCUCCUGGCAUGGUGAUCGAUUACAAAGCCGACUCCGGUGAGCACGAAAUCCUUUAUCACGAUGGAAACCGCGAGUGGAUUUACUUUUGCAUGACGCAAACGCGAUGGCCAGACGGUUUGCCCGCUCGUCUCGAACUGACGGAAAAGCAAGGAAAGAAACCGAGCGAAAAACCAGAGAAGGAGCCGAAGCGCGGGCGUCAAGCGACGAGCGUUUCGGCCGAAGCCAUCAUCGACGGCUAUCGUGUCUACGUUCUUGGCGAAAAGUCGACCAUUGAACAAGUGUCCGCUGAAACGGGCGUCGCGGAGGAUGAUCUCGUCGAGUUCAACGCUCCGUACUUUUCAAAGCUCAGUGCCACGACCAAGUUACCUGAGGAAACGAAGGUGUACCUGCAACACGGCCCGGAUCCCGAGGAGCUCGAGGCUAGUAAGCUCGUCGAGUCGGCGUUAGAAGAGUCAAAGAACGCAGAGAUUGAGUCGAGGGCGAAAGAGGCGGCCAAGAUGGCGGCCAAGGAAGCCAAGGAACUCGAGAAGGCCAAGGCGAAAGAAAGGGCGGCCAAGGAGAAGGCGAAAGCCAAGGAAAAGGCUGCCAAGGCCAAGGCCAAGGCCAAGGCCAAGGCCAAGGCCAAGGAGAAGGCGAAGAAAGCCGCCGCGUCGAAGAAGGGCAAGUCGGCCAAGAAAGGCUCCGCGUCGAAGAAGGGUAAGAAGCAAGAAGAUGCGGACGAUGAAGACUUCCAGGAUGAUGAUUACGAGUCCGAAGAAGAGGAGGAAGAUGACGACGAGUACAAUUCCGACGAAGACUUCGACGAGGAAGACGACGAUGAAGAGUUCACCAUGAAGAAAUCGUCUAAACGCUCCAAGUACACCGAAGAAGAAUUGCUCGCCAUGGCGGUGGCCGAGUUCCAACUUGAACUCGAAGCGCAGUGCGUUGUUCGCGGGAGCGCCAUUCCGAUAGAGUGCGGUGGACUCACCGCCGUGCUUACCGGUGGUAACCUGACGGUUCUUUACUCGGACUCGAAGAAGAAAUCGGCGCUCACUGAUAUGGAUCUCGGGGCGUUCAUGAAGCUCGCCAAGCAAAACGGCCACUGGCAAGAGGAGGUGAAAUACAACGGCGCGGGCGAGAUGAAGGGCGAACCGAUCAUUCACUACCUCGCCAUGCGCGGCCUCGCCAUCGGACGAUCCGUCAUCGGCAGCAACGUGGAUAUCCUCCCGAAACCGGAGGACAUGCAGUUCAUGCCUGCGAAGAUCAUCAGCUUCGACGAAGCCACAGGUUCGCACGAAGUGAGAUACUUUGGUAAGGGCGAAGAUGAGUUGGAACAGAUUUAUCUUCCUCUUGCGACGAUCCGCUGGUUACCGAAGUUGUGGGAGCCGUAUUCCGCCCCGGAAGCCGUCAAGGUGCCAGACGCAGAGGGCGGAAUCGUCUUCGCACUGAGACCGAUCCCUGUCGGGUGCGGCGGUAUGCGCGGUAUCUUGCUUCCGGGUGGUAAGCGCGGCGAAGAGAUGGUGCGAUACUGUCUCAUGCGUCGUGAGAGAGAACGAUGCGUCGUUGACGAGCUCACUAUCCCGGCGACCGAGUUUGAACGCUUGAGUGGUAAGGGCACGGCAAAGAAAUGGCGCCAAUCGGUCCGCAUUCUAGAACCCGACUACAAACUCGGUGACACCGUUAGCAAACUACUCAAGGCGGUCGGCGAAGUCUUGGGAGCGAACGUGGUCGGGCGCGAGGUCGAGGUUUUCUGGCCAGGCGAUGAGUGCUUCUAUUACGGCACCGUCGAUGGUUUCAGGCCGGAAUCCGGCGAGCAUGAGGUUGUUUACGAUGAUGGAAACAAGGAAAUCUUACAGAUUGCCAUGCAAACCGUGCGAUGGGGGCCGACGGCGACGGUGCGAAAGGGAUCGUCCACGUCGCGCGUGACGUCGAAACCAAAGGAAAAGCCGAAGACAUCCUGGAUUCAGUGCGAUGCCUGCCAAAAGUGGCGCAUUGUCCCACAAAGUUACAUGGACACGCUUGGCGACGACGAUGCGUGGAAGUGCCAGAUGAAUCCGGACUCGGCGAAGAGCGCUCGCGGUUGCGACGCUCCAGAGGACAACGAAGAUUAG